AUGCUUGCAGCUGGUUCUGAAUUGGGUUAUGAUUAUAAUCCUCCAGCAUUUGGAUUCCCGGCUGGAGGUGGAGGUGGUGGUUUUGGUAACUCUUUUGGCAACGAUGGUUUUGCUGGCAAUGCAUUCGGUGGUGGCUUUGGUGGUGUUCCUUCAAAUACCUAUAUUCCACCUGCAGCCGUGUCCAUUUCUGUUCCAGUAAGCACUUAUCUACCUCCCGCGCCAGCUCCUGCACCAGCCUUCCAAUCAAUUCCAGUACCAUCAAACACUUAUAUUCCUCCAGCUGUGGGUGGUUCCUUUGGUGGUGGUGGUGGUGCCAUCAGUGCGACUGCAUUCGUCACAGCCGAUGUUGGUAAUUCGUUGGUUCCGCCCGUUGCAGAUUUUGGCAUUGGCUUAGGCAACGAUGGCUAUCGUUACAAGACUAUUCGCCGUCGUGUAUAUCGUAGACGUGUCUGA